UGUACCGAUGUGUGACUUCACUCGUUUGAGUAACUUGGGGACUGGGGGGGGGACAGCUUGUUAGUCUCAAAAUGCUCUAUAAUGCGUUAUUAUCACUCACAGCGUUCAUGUUUUGUCUCAGUCUUUUCCUGAUGCACAGAGCCAGGGUUUUAGAAAAUGAUUUUCGCAAACUCCAAGGAGACAUAAUUCUACAAUUAAAUCAACCAUGUUCUGAGGGAGUCGAUGGGAAAUUGGCCAAGAUGCUUAAAACAAGCGAGGACAUUAAGUCAAGAGUCUUCCAGGAAGCUCACAGUUCUCUGAAGAUAUCUUCUAGGAGAGUCAAAAGGGACCCAGGCAGUUCUAGAGCUCCAACAGCAUUUCUGCAGUUAAGGGCUGACACUAACAAACGGCCAGACAUAAGAGGAAAUAUAACUGUGAUCUCUUGGAUUGUUUCUGCACAGCGAGGAAAUGCAAUUUCACAAAAGGAAAACAGAAUUGUUGUCCAAGAAGACGGUUAUUACUUGGUGUUUGGACAAGUAUUGUGUCACACUAACUCGAGCAGAACUAAAUUGAUCAUGCAUAUGAUUUGUUCCAACCAGUUAGGUAAUGUUCUGCUUAAUUUGCAGGUUUUGUUUGAAAGCCCAAGCAUAGUUAUGGGUCAUGUCGUUCGAAGUAGGGCCUCAGCUGAAGCCGAGCUGUUGCGCUGCCUGCAAGCGAUGCCCGAUAGAUAUCCUGCCAACACAUGCUACACUGCAGGCACAGUGCAGUUGCUUCAGGAUGACGAGCUAGAACUGGUGAUCCCAGACAGGCCCACAGCCCUGAUAUCUACAGAUGAAGACUCAACCUUCUUUGGUGUCAUACAGCUGAACUGAGACAAGACAGUAGGAGGAUGAUAAGGAUGCAGCUGACUGUUGCUGGAAGUGGGAAACUGACACUGAGCAGCGUGAGGGCUGUGCAGAUAUAAAGCAGAGUGGCAGCAGCAGGAAAACUAUUUUUCCUGCCAGGCAAAUACAUUUUUUUCAAAUAUAUAUUAGCUUUAAAAUGUAGAAUUUGGGUGCAUGUCCUGGGCUGACUCCCAAACGUUUGUACUCAUGUGCCAGCACCUCCUUUCAUCAGUCUAUUUUAGGCGUGUUCCUUUAUACCUUGCUGGGGGCUUCCCUCCUGUUCCACCUACGCGCUGUCUGCUUAUUUGUUCCUCUUGUCUAUUUUAAAACGCUUUCCGUUUCCAGAGACUUUGUCAGGAACAAACAAAUGUAUAAAUUUAUCUCCCAGGAAGGUUCUUGAACACCACAAUAAAUAAUGUAUCAUCAUCUAAUUAAAGUUGUUAUAA